CUACCAACACUGCACCAGUUGUAUUAAAACGCAAGAGAAAUCCACCGAAAGAACGAACCACUAGCACUACUACGAAAAAAGCACGCGUGGAAAGUUCUUCAUACGAGCGAGAAGCAUCAACAAUAGAAUUUGUAAUUCAUGACCAUGAUUAUACGAACACUUGUAGCAAUGAAACGGAGCAUAACAACAUCACAUGUCAAGGCUGCUUGGACAAGCAGUUGGAAAUAGAACGUUUAAAAAAGCAACUAGAAAAGGCAUUGAAUGAAACGGAUACAGGAAAAAUGGGAACUGAAGAUGAUAGUCUUUUGAAAACUUUUAUUAAAAAUGACUCGAAAGUAUCAUUUUAUACUGGAUUACCAAACAAAAAGUGUUUUGAAUUGUUGGAAAAGCACUUGAGUGGGAAAGCAAAGAAAAUGAGGUAUUGGGCUGGUUCGAAGAAGGUAAUAUCAUCAAAAUAUAAAAAAACAACAAGACAAGCUAAGCGAGGACCACAGAGAAARCUAUCCAUUAAGCAAGAAAUGCUUCUUACAAUGAUGAAGCUACGUCAUUACCUAGCCAAUGAACUUCUGGCAGAUCUUUUUCAUGUUAGCACUAGUACUGUAUCCCAAAUUUUCAAUACAUGGAUUAAGUUUCUGCGCAAAGAAGUAAGUCCCCUAAUUUAUUGGCCAGAAAGAGAGAGUAUUAAUCAGAAACUUCCAGACUCAGUAAAGAAAUCACAUCCCAACCUAAGAUGCACAAUUGACUGUACCGAGAUAUUCAUUGAACGGCCAAGGGAUUUAAAAUUGCGUGCACUCACAUGGUCAGAUUAUAAGAAGAAUAACACCGUAAAAUUCCUCGUUGGUAUAGCUCCCAAUGGAAUGAUUAAUUUUCUUUCAAAGGCUUGGGGAGGACGAACRUCCGACCGACACAUUACCAUAGAGUCAGGGUUUUUAAAUAAGCUAGAACCUGGUGAUUUAAUACUGGCUGACCGUGGAUUUACUAUUCGAGAAGAUAUUUUAYUAAGAGGUGCAACACUGACCAUACCACCACCAAGCUCAGGGCUGGAGCAGAUGACUAAUAAAGAUGUUAAGUCAACAAAAGUAAUUGCAAACAGCAGGAUACAUGUAGAAAGGGCCAUUGGAAGAAUGAAGCACUUUGAAAUUGUCAACAACACAUUGUCCAUAACAUUGUUACCRGUYAUAGAUGAUAUUGUAAUUGUGUGUGCAUGUCUAUGUAAUUUGCUACCUCCAUUAACUGGAUGGUAACUUAAAUGUGCAAACUAUAUUUCCAAACUUAGUUCUUUGCCAACAUUUUAUUAACAUUUCAUAACAAUAUCUCUAUGCCAUAUCUUAAAGUUUCAUACAAGGUAUAAACUAACAGUGAUUGCUUAGUGAAUUAUGCAUUCAUUGAUAAACAAAGCAGAGUUCAUGGUCAGUACAAACAUAUUUUCUUAAUUAUAUGCUAAAUAACAAUUCAAACAGUAGUAAUAUUGAUACUAUAAUAAUGUCAUGGUUUUGGCCAGUUUUCUUUGUUUUGAAUAAGAUAGGGAGCAAUGUGAUGCCUGAAAAAAUACUCAGCACCAUCUUUCAGGCUCUUCCAUCUGUCAG